AUGAGCAAAUCAACCACCAUUAUAUUUAUUCUUGGAUUUUCUCUUCUCUUUAAACUGGAGAAAAAGUCAUGGUCUCUAAUAGGGAUAGUGGUGAUGAUAGCAGGAGGAUUAGCAAUGUUCACCUAUAAAUCUACUCAAUUUGGUAUUCUCGGAUUUUUAUUGUGUCUCUUAGCUUUGUUUGCAAGUGGAAGUAGAAUUAUUAGAGUUACCGAUUGGAGUGAUAUUGGUAGUAUUUUAUUAACUGCAAGUGCUGUAAUAGCAGGUGCCAUUUUAGCAUUUAGUAUGGAAGUGAUGGAAUUUUUAGUUGUUACUUACACUUCUAGUCUGACAUUGUCAAUCUCGGGAGUAUUUAAGGAAAUAUGUACAUUAGCAUUGGCCUUUGCAUUGAAAGGUGAUCAAAUGACUGGCCUUAACUCUAUAGGAUUGUUAAUGUGCCUUGGUGGUAUAAUGCUUCAUGUUGUCCAGAAGGUGUUACUCAAUAGAAAGAUUGAUAAUUUGGAAUUACAAUCAAAAGUGACUAGCAACAUACUGUCAGAUAUUUUGCAACGCAGGGAACAGUGAUAUACAUCAUGAAUUUUUAGCUACGACACAAGAAAUUAUUUUAUCAAGCAAAGCAUUCUAAAACAAUAUAUGUCUAUGUCUUACAGCAUUUUAUAUUUUCCCAGUGUAAAUUUUUCAGCCAAUAAAAGUGUUAACAUUAUAAAUUUUACAUCACAACUUUAUGCCUUAUAAAUGGCAUAAAAUUUAAUAUAACCAGAGACAAAAUGCAUUGUAAGUUUUCUAAAAGAUGUCUUUGAGACGUUCUUUAAGAUUCUUUUAGAUAUUUGUGUAUUCUGGGAUAUUCAAAGCAUAAAAGACUUAAAUAAUAUAUAUGUGUAAUAUAAAAUGUCACGUAAAAGUUUGCCCGAUAAAUUUCAAUGUAUUAUUAUUACAUAAGUCUGAUAUAUAAAUAUUAUAGAAAAUUGCAAAGUACAAACACAUAGAAAGUAUGAAAUGGAACCUUGUCGUAUCAAUAUGGAUAUAGAAAUACCACUAUCUGUGAAGAAAAUUAUUAAUGUUAUUGCUAUCUCAUUAUUUUAAAUAUCAUAAACAAAAGCUUUGCAUGCAAACUAUAUGCGAUAUAAAUAUAAAUUCUUUUAAAUUAUGUCACUAGUUGUCUACACUUAGGAUAUAUAUUUCCCGAAUAAGACAAUGAUAACUCAUAUAUUUGUGUAUAUAAUAAUUUUUUAAUGAUACGCACAAUAAAU